AUGGCAAGCGAACAGGAUUUUAGUAAAAUACUCAAGGAUGAUAAAAAGCAGGCGCAAAUUAUAUCAUGGGAAACAAUUGGGAAAUCCAAUUUAAACCGAUAUACUGUUCCUCCGUAUCUAUCAGAAGCUAACGUAUCAACAUACGAGGCUGUUUACUAUGAACAUUUUCAUCAUCAAUUUUCAUGUGGUAAUUUAGGCGUUGUUGUAUCGCACGAGGAUAUAAUACAGGGUGUCUUACAUCUGAUUAUUGGAACACCUUCAAAUUCAUUUGUUUAUGACCCACUUCACAUGAGAUUUAAUCCUAAAGUACCAAAUAUUCGUAUACAUGGUUGUAGCGCUAAGAGUAUGAAUAUUAUAUAUGGAUUGACUGGUAUUGCGUUUGGUCGCUCGCUUUCUUCUUUUAUCACUUUUAUACAAAAAUCUAUUGCUUCCAUCGUUGAAAAAUCUGGAGGGCAAAAAAAUAUGAAAAUUAUUCAUUUAUAUCAUGCCAUGGAUGAUGUAUCGUUGAUAAUUGAGAGGAUUGCUGCAUUUUGUCGCUGCGAUGUAGCGGAUUCAAGAAUUUCAGAGCUUUCAUUAGAACAAAAAGUGCAAAGAGAUGAAGAAGGAUUUUAUUUGCCUUUUGGGACAAAAAUUUUAUCCGAAAUUUAUACUGUAGCAGAGACAAUUGAUUCAGCUGGAUCACCUUUCCUAAGGGCAGUCUUCUUAGCAUUUUUAGAACAGUCAAGUAAACCAUUUUUCGAAAUGUUAAGUUCUUGGCUUGGAAUACGAUCAUCACGUAAUUCCUUGCCUAUAGAUGCGCACGAUGAAGAGUUUAUGCAUUCAAAGGAAUUCUUUAUUUCCAAUUUCAAAGUGGAUGCUGUUUCUGUGAGGGACAAUGGUGAUGAAUUUUGGCGAGGCGGUAUAGAAGUUGAUAAUGAAUAUCCCUUACCAACAUUUAUUAGUUCCGUGAUUGCACGUCAUGUUCUGGAGGCAGGAAAAGCCUUGAGGUUGCUACGUGACUGUAGACCUGACCAUCCCUUAUGUAAUUCGGGUGCUGUCUUAAGCCAUAUGACUGAUAAACCUAUUUGGGAUCUAAAUAUGAAAUUUCUAUUUAUUCAAGGAGACAUUGAUGAAAUGCAUGAUCAACUUAAUGACUAUUUACGCAACAUGACUAUCUCCAUAGUUGCUCAAGAUGAACGGCGAAAAUCAGAAAUCGCAAAAAUCCAUGAUUUUUUUCAAUGUAAAACGGCAGAAUGGAACCAAAACGCUGAUUUACAAUUAACUGAGAAUAUCACCAAUUUCAUAACAUCAGAUUUCUCAACCGAAGAUCCCACCAUAAUACUCAUAGAACGGUUUUUACAAGUUCAAUCGUCGACAUCUCCCUAUUCUCAUAAAGAAUACAUUCUUCCAUUAGGGGCAGUCACAGAUCUCGUUCUAAAGCAUGCACUUAUUUGUCAUUGUAGACUUAUAGACGCAUCGAUUCUAUCCAUAUUUUUUCACGAUCUUGACCUUCGUGGUCAUUUGAAUGUAUUACGGGAGUUUAUGCUUAUGGGUAAUGGAACUUUUGUUUCUGGAUUAACUGACGCUCUGUUUUCUGACAAUAUUGAUUACGGAGAAGAUUUUACGGCUAACAGUAAUUAUGGAUCGAAAAUUGGAAUGGGACUAAAGCUAAAUAGCCGCAAAACAUGGCCGCCUACAGGCGUUGAAUGGCGAAUGGCUUUAAAAACUGUCAUUACGGUAGCUAUAUUAGAAAAGAAAAAUGUAGAAAAUGAUAAUUCUCAAGCAACAAUAGACGCUUAUGAGAAAGUGAAUAAUCUAGAUGAUCUUUUGAUGUUUGAUGUUAAAGCAGAUAUGGAACAUUCAUUAGAGGCAUUGGAUUCUUUUUGCCUUUAUUAUAAACCUCCUUAUCCUAUCAAUGUGAUAAUAACUCAAAGUUCACUAAAUACGUAUAAUCGUUUAUUUGUAUUUCUUUUACGAGUAUUGCGGAUGGGAAUUGUAAUUCGUCAUAUCUAUCGGCUCUUGCACGAUCGGUACCUUUUGGAUGAUAAAGAUACUGCAGAAGACAAGAAUCUUGCGCAAAGAUUCCGGUUUGAAGCGCAACAAUUUAUUACAGCACUUCACGAGUAUGCAUUUGAUGUAGCAAUAUCAUCUAAUUGGAAACAUUUUAUGAAACGUUUGAAUAAGAUUGCGGAGGAAGCAAAAUUUGAAUUACCACGCGAACAUUUACUGAGACAAAAUAGUACUAGUGAUACAACGAGCCAUUUAGACAGUCAAUCAGAUACUUUUUCUAAUGAUAAUACGGAAGAUUAUGAGGAUAAUUAUGAUGACGAAUAUAUUAGCGAAGGCGUUAAAGAUCUUGAAUCAUUACGUGCAUGUCACAAUCAGGCUUUAGACCGUAUGCUUUGUCAAUGUUUACUCGUAGAGAAACAAGAACCAACUAUGGAAGUUCUUAAUAGGACUCAAACUAUUAUACUGGAUUUUGCGCGAGAGUUACAAUUACAUCGUUCUCAUACUCAUGAUGCACCUAUGCGGCGGGAGCAUUGGAGAAAAAUUAAAAACCUAUAUGAUCAAUUUCGUUUGGCUAGGGAUGUUAUUAGGGAUAGUAAAUGA